AUGGAAAUAGUGUCAAGUAAUAACGCACCUCGUUCUUUGGAUAAACUUGGUGCUAAAAAUUUGUAUGCCUUGCAAAAACUUGGAGAAAUUCUGCAUUGGAAGAAAACGCAGGUGGCAGCACUCGAGUCAGAGAUUUGUUCCUCACCAACAAAUCUUUCAAUUUCCAAGCAUCUGAAGAGUCCUGCAAGCAGUAGUAAGCAUAAAUCUGGUGAUGGACUGAGAUUUGUGAAUGAAAUUGGAAAAGAUUUCAGAAGUACAGAUACAUUGAAAGAACAGAAAACAGAAAUGCAUAGGCUGAUGAAUGGCAAGAACUUGUUAAUUGAAUCAAGGGCCUCGAGUUCAAAUGAGCUAAUGGAAAUAUUGUCAACGAAUUCUUCUAGGGUUAAGGCUCGCAGUAAUUCUUGUAAAGGCAAACAAGUUUCAGAGGCUAGUGAGGUCGAGCAGCUAAGUAGGAGAUUGAAGGUUCUGGAAGAAGAAAAUGAAACUAUGAAGCAAGAAUUUUUGCAGCACAUGGAAGAAAGAGAGAAGGUAGUGGCUGAAAUAUUCCAGCAGUUUCAGACAAUACAUGAUUUUCUCAAAUUUGAAAAUCAAGUACACGAAGAGAGAUCACCUCGUGAUGGAUCUUCGAUCGUUAAAUUUCUCAAGAAAGCAGGAUUGGAACUGGCGGGUCAGAAGUUCUCCUCCGAGAGUCAAGUCCAUGCAUUGUCUGAAGCGGACACGGAACGAAGAUGUUGGCUGUUUUUAGAGAAGAGUUAUAAUUCAGAUAUUGGAGCAAACAAAUCACCUCCACCAUAG